UAAGCCAUUAUAUAGUCAUGCCACAUGCUAGUCAUGUAACACAGGAAGAUUAUGACUUGUUUAAUAUUAUGUCUUAAGGGUGUGAGCAAGUAAAGUAAACACGGACCAGCCCUCCAGCAUUAAGAAAAUUGCAGGAGUAUGCUUCCACUUGAAGACUUGCUGUUGUGUAUUUGAAGACAGGAACUACAUGAAACUGGAUACAAUAGGAUUUUCUCAUCUUCUGUUUGAUCAGUUUCCGUAGGGAUUGCUUUCAGUAGCACACAUUGGGUGGUUAAAUUACACCAAGCCUGUCUUGGUCACACAAAGAGGUAAUUUAAAGAGCCUCCCGAUGGAGAGAAGAGCUUUGGCUUUGAGGACGGUGAUCAAGAAGCAUCGUCCUAAGACUGAAAAUUUGGACCCUCGAAAAUGGAUGAGACAGGAGACUGUGAGGGGCUUUGCUGACUUCAUAAUGAACAAGGACUCCAACAAAGAAACAGACAACAGCUUUGACAACAAAGAGAUGUUGUUGGAUGUAGAGAAGCAGUUUAUGGAAGCAGCUAAGAGCAAUGAUGUGGAGACCAUGAAGACUCUUGGAAGAGGGCUGAAUGCCAAUGCAAAGAAUGUGGAUAACAGGACUGCCCUUCACUAUGCAGUAGCUGGCAAAAACAAGGAAGCUGUGCAGCUUCUUCUGCAGCGGAGGGUCAAGGUGGACCAAAAAGACAAAUACGGUGUGGCACCCAUUCAUUUGGCUGCCUGGUUUGGCAGCUUGGAGAUCCUGAAAUCAUUAGUGCAGGCUGGGGCUGAACAGAAGGUUGAGAACACGGAAGGAUUGAACAUCAUGCACUGUGCUGCUAUUAACAACCACACUGAAAUUAUAGAGUAUAUUAUGAAUGACCUGCAGAUGAAAGAACUAGACAAAGAUGACCAGUCAGGACACCGGCCAUUUGCAUUGGCAGCAGAGCAUGGGUGUGUUGAAAUGAUGGAUAUGCUGACCGUGCCAUACAACAUGGACACCAUGAAGCCCAACAAGCGCGGGGAAACGCCCCUGCACUUAGCUGCCAGGAACGGCCACUUGGAUGCCGUCCAAUCGCUGCUGCAGAGCUUUGAUACUCGGGAUGAAGUCAAUAUGGAUGGUGAGACAGCUCUGUACCAGGCUGCAGAAAACGGUCAGGAAGAAUGUGUCCUGGCCCUGCUGGAGGCUGGCUGCGACCCCAACAUUCUUACAACAGCCAAAUGCAGUGCUCUCCAUCCAGUUGCAGAAAAAGGAGACGCCGCUCUUGUCCAACUCCUCUUAGAUCACAAAGCCCAUACGGACUUCCAGAAUCAGCACCUAGAGGCUCCUAUCCACCUGGCAGUUAAGAACAGUCACAUCCCUGUCAUCCAUUCUCUACUGAAGGCUGGCUGCAACAUUAAUGUCACCGAUAAGAGGUCCCAGACUGCUAUCCAUCUUGCUGCAGAGCUGGCUAGAAUAGACGUUGUGGAAAUGCUUCUUAAAACUGGGCUGGAUCUGACACUCAGGGAUAGGCAAGGUAAGACUGCUCUGGGUGUGGCAGUCAGAGCAGACGAGGUGAUUAUUGUGGACAUGAUUAUCAAAGCAGAAAGAUACUACGCCUGGAGGAAGGCCAACACAGAACCUAAUGAGAGUGUUCACAGCGAGUAUGCGCUAACAUUUAAACUUGACCACCGCUAUGAGAGCAAGCAGCUCCGCUCCAUGGCCUGGCACCUGGCGUACAAGCUCCUGAAAUCAGGAGACUGGAAAAGACUUGCAGAACACUGGGGCUUCACUAAGGAACAAGUGUCGGCCAUCGAGGAGCAGUGGACAGGUCAGCACAGCUAUCAAGAGCAUGGGAACAGGAUGCUGCUGAUCUGGCUCCACGGGGAGGAGUUGGCUCAGAAGAGCCCUGCUAAAGAACUCUAUGAGGGCCUCAUUCUCACAGGGAACAGGAAAGCUGCAGAUAAGAUUCGGACGGAGGCAGAGAGUUCCAGCAGUAAGAGCUGCAGCAUUUCAUGAAGAUGAACACUGACACAUAUGGAUAUGAAAAAACUCCAUGUUUACAUCCUUUUCAACUACUGAUCUCUACAGAAAGUUACCAGUAAAGUUAUUUUUUUUAGAAAUAAAAGUGUGUCAGAUCAUUAUGGCUUUGGUUUAAUAAAGCAAACAACCUGUUAUGUUGAACAGUCAGUGUCAUUAAAAAAACAUCUAUAAAAUAAAUACUACAUUACAGUCUCACCUGUGCAUAAUUAAGAGUAAAACAUUUUGAUAGAAAUAAACAUCCAUUUUGCAAUUCUAAACUCUGUCCAGCUGGUUUUAAUUAAAAACAUUUACAUGUGCAGUUCUAAA